AUGUCGAACUACAGAUUAACACCAAAGUUCUACACGAAUCCGGGGGUGCCUCCCAAGCCGCCGGUAGAAAAGUAUACUCCGCCACAGAAACACAACGAAGAUCCGAUGCAAAAGCUGCGUAGCGCAAAUACGGUAAACAUUUCUGCCGAGCUGUUUGAAAAGGUGUUUCUGCGGGAAGCAAGGCACACGGGACUCAAAGAUGGUCAUCAACACCAAAGAGCCCAGCCACGAACCUUUGGGGACCCAACCCCAAUAGGAUAUAUUGGCAUGGUCAUCGGCCUCACUCCACUGUCGUGCGACUUGAUGGGCCUUCUCGGCGCUGAUGGAGGUGCGGCAGGCAUCGGUUCAUACUACUUCUUCGGCGGUCUUCUCCAGAUCCUAGCCGGGCUGGGCGAGUGGCUCCUCGGGAACACGUUCCCUUCAGUCUUCUUCACCACCUUUGGUGCCUUCUUCCUUUCCUUCGCAGCGACCCUGACACCAUCGUUCGCGGCAUUUGCCACAUACGCCCCGGAAGGCGAGCCAUCGUCCGCGGGCAUGGGCACGCAGGCCUUCAACGCCGGCUUCGGCUGGUUCACACUGUGGAUGGGGGUUCUGUCUGUGGUCUUCUUUGUGUGCUCCCUGCGGACCAACGUGGUACUCGUAGUCGUCUUUGGUGCCCUGGUCGGCGCCUUCACGAGCCUGACGGGCGCUUACUUCAAGUUCGCCAGCGCGGCCGCCCGUAACGCCGCCGCCGCCGCAUCGCGCGCCUCGGCCGUCACGGGCACCGUCGUACAGGCCUCCGGGGCAGCGGGGCUGGUGGCGAGCCAGACGGCAGACAACUUUGUGCUGGCGGCCGGCGUGUGCGCCUUUAUCGCGAGCAUGGCCGUCUGGUGGCUGCUGCUGGCAGUCAUGCUGGACACGAUGGAUUUCCCCAUCGCCCUCCCGCGGGGAGACCUGAGUCGGUGGAUCAAGCCGAGGCCGGCGGGGAGGGGUGAACCGAGGGUUUAUGUUUAG